AGAGAAGAUCAAGAAAAGCAGCAGAAGGAAGAGCAAGAAAAAACUGUAGAACACAAUUCUGUAAAGGAAGCAGACAAAACCAGCCGUACAGGACGACGUCCGAGUCGAAGUGCCUUGUCCAGUCGUAAUGAGCGGAGAUCAGCCAAAAGUCCUCAAAAGACAGAUGCACCAAAGGAGAACAAACACCCGUUUGCUCUGUAUGGGUGGGGAGAAAGACAGACGGAUACUGGAAGCCAGAAAACUCACAAUGUCUGUGCUUCUGCUUCAGCAAAUGAAAUUCACGAAUCUGCUCUGCGAGCGAAGAACAGGAGGCAAGUGGAGAAAAGGAAGCUUUCUCAGAGGCGAGUGCGCUCAGCAGAAGCGGAGAAAGCUUGGCGAAUAAAGCCCUCCCCGCCGGAUAACCCUUGGAUGACAGAGUACAUGAGAUGCUACUCGGCGAGGGCUCGGUGAAUUUGGAUUCCCUUGGGCAUCUUCAGAAGAAGUGACGCAUAUCAGGACACUGGUGCAAGGAACCAAACUACUUUAUGCAAGGUUUUUAUAGGGAGUUUCCAGCUGUUCACAAACAUUUGUUACGGUAUUUUUAUCUUGGCUACCUACCUCACAGUGGGGUGCGUUGCUGGAGCCAUAACAUUUGAAGAGGCUUUUAGAUAUAGCUACCCAAACUUUUAAACAGUUCCCCUUUUGGGAAUUUUUCUAAUACUUCAGUUGACUUGUUUUAGGGGUGGGAGGGGGGAGACUCAGCAUACAGGGAGUCAAAGCAAACACUUUUUUGAUCUUGGUCGCAAAUAAUAUUGUCCCUUAUUUUAGAAGCCCA